AUGAAUGGUUCUCCCGUGAAUCAGGAUUUGUUAGAAGUCUAUAUCAAUACCAUUGAGCAACAAAUAGACAAUAAAAAAUUCUUUGUUAAACAAGCAAGAGAUGCUAUAGGAUCGUUACAAACUGGUGGAAUGGAUGUCCAUUCUAUCAGUUCUGAACAAUGGCAGAACUUCAUGAAGCGUCCUAUGUUUUUCCCUGAAAGAUCAGAUCCAAUUGGGCUGGGUUUAGCGUCUACGGGCUUUGUAAGUCGUCAACAGAGUUCAGAACAGUGGUUGGAGCACAUGGAGGUUCAAUUGAACGAUAUGCAGACUAUGAUUAGGAACCAACAACAAAUGAAUCACGAAAUGACAGUUCUAUUAGAGCUUUUACUACAUAAAUUGGAAACCCCUUCCGAAGACAAUACGAUACAAGAAACGCCAGUACAACGUAACCAUACCCUUCGAAAUGAAUUGAAAAACUUUAUUAGGGAUUUUUUAUCACUGGAUCUGGCAGAUUCUCAAAAUACUGCAGAACAAGUGUGUAGUGAUGUUAUGGUAGUCAUCGAACGGUUAAUUAAUUAUGAUACAAAUUUGACGACUACAGAUUUCCCUCCCAGCACGAAAGGUUUAUUUCGACUGUUGCUGAGAGGCAAUCUAAUUACUUUAAACGAAGUUGGAGACAAGCGUUAUGUGAAAUUAACAGAUUUCGCAUCUACGGAAGUAGUUUAG